AUGUCAUCCAAUCAACCAGACUGUCUCACUUCAUUGGUUUCCUACGUUCCUGAGUUAAAUUUUGGCUUCAAUUUACCCUCAACAACAGCUGUAAACCAGUUUGGCAUUUCUGCUACAAAUCAGAAACGGCAGACAGUCCCGCUCCAUCCUGAACCAUUAACAUCUUUGGAAAUUGUUAGUGCGCGAGGUAACUGUAACUGCAAGUGUAUCCCUCAAACACGAACUUCUCCACAACCUUUACGUCCUGCCUUGAAGAAGGCAUCGCUUACUAAACCGUGGAACAAAACUGAAGAAAGUUUUAAAAACACUGAGAAAGGUUGCGAAGAGAACCGGAUUUUGAUUCCAAAACGACCUCUUGAAACAGAAGCAAAAGCAGAAAAACCUCAACCACUUCCAGCACGAUUAUUACAAAAGAAGAAGACAGUAGCAUUUGGAAGAACUGUAAACGUGUCGCAAACAAUUGAGGGUACAUCAAAAGCAUAUCGAAAGUUUUUGGAUGAUUCAAACUAUCAGAAGAGUUUUCCUAAAAUGGUUACGGAUGUUCAAGGUAAACGAUUUUCGGAUGAGUUUCAAGAGCUAAAAGAAAAAGUGCAUAAGAUGCAACUAAAAGUGGAUGAAUUGACAGCGAAAGAUUCAGAAAGAAAUAGUCAAAUCUUGAAACUAACAGAAACGAUGAAGAAAAUGUUAGGAGGUUUGGCACAAUUUAACAUGUCGAAUACUAGUAAUGAGGAUUCCAAAAAACGUGAAAAGAAAGUUGAAACAGAAAUGCAUUGUCAUGGCAAGGAGAAUAUAGCCCCUAACAAGAUAUGUGUAACAGAGCGCAUGACUGAAGACGAUGAAGGAAAUCCUGUAGCACAUGGAAAACUUUUUGCGGGAUCGAAGAAAAAAAAUAUUGACGAGCCAUCCAAAGAAGAUCUUAAAUGGAAAAUAAUGAAGCGAAAAUAUGCUGAAAAUGAAGAAUUUAAACGCCUCGUUGAUGAAGCCAUUAUGAAAUGCGGAGGAGAUGAGAGUCUCGACAUUUUCGCCUCUCAGCAAAACAAAGGAGAUACUGGCAGAGUUCCAUCACGACGGCAUGAAAAAAAGGCACAGCCUAUUUCACCUGUGAUUCGAAGUACCACACGAGUGACGAAGCAGAUGACUGUUGAACAAAUUCAGCAUUGUGAGAAUUCUCCUGCAUCAUGUGCCUUUUCUUACGAUUCUAAGAAAUACCUGGCAAGACACGGCAUCAUUCCUGCGCUUAGUGACGAUGAUGAGGUGGAAUACAAUAUAGCGUGCGGUAAACGAUUAGAUCCAUGCAUGCAGUCCUAUUAUUAUCCAGGAAAUUCGGUGACUUACUAUUCAAAAAAUAUCAAAUGUAACAAUAUGCUUUCAAAAGAUAACUCUCACAGCGAUUAUCGAGAGGAGAAACAUCAUCAUAAAGAAAAAGGAACACCAAGAGUUUUUGAUGAACUGAAUUAUCAGAUGGAUCAAUUUGACACCGAUGAUGACGAGGAUGUGAAUAAUAUCAUUGAAAUAAGUGAUGAGGUGGAGGAUCACUGUGGAACCGGCGGAAAGAUGCGUUCAUCUCGCGACAAGAGAGACUGGAGAAAUCCAGCACGCAAUGAUUUUCGGCAUCAGAAGGAUGAUGGAAUGCGUCAGUAUGCGAAACAGCGACUGAAUAAAUCCGCUUGGGAUUAA